GGCGGCGGCGGCGGCUCGUGCUCGGCCGGCUGCGAUCGCGGCGCCCCGGCCCGGCCCGCGGAGGAGCGGCCAUGCCGCCGCGGCGCAGCAUCGUGGAGGUGAAGGUGCUGGACGUGCAAAAGCGGCGGGUGCCCAACAAGCAUUAUGUCUACAUCAUCCGGGUCACGUGGUCCAGCGGCUCCACCGAGGCCAUUUACCGGCGCUACAGCAAGUUCUUCGACCUCCAGAUGCAGAUGUUGGACAAAUUUCCCAUGGAAGGAGGACAGAAGGACCCCAAACAGCGGAUCAUUCCUUUUCUGCCAGGCAAAAUUCUCUUCCGACGCAGCCACAUCCGGGACGUGGCGGUCAAACGCCUGAUACCGAUUGAUGAAUACUGUAAGGCCCUCAUCCAGCUGCCCCCCUAUAUCUCUCAGUGUGACGAGGUGCUGCAGUUCUUCGAGACGAGGCCUGAGGACCUGAAUCCCCCCAAAGAGGAGCAUGUUGGGAAGAAGAAAUCCGGGGGUGACCUCACCUCGGUGGACCCCAUGGUCCUGGAGCAGUAUGUGGUAGUGGCAGACUACCAAAAGCAGGAGAGCUCGGAGAUCAGCCUCAGCGUGGGGCAGGUGGUGGACAUCAUCGAGAAGAAUGAGUCAGGUUGGUGGUUCGUCAGCACCGCUGAGGAGCAAGGCUGGGUCCCCGCCACCUGCCUCGAAGGGCAGGACGGUGUGCAAGAUGAGUUUUCCCUGCAGCCUGAGGAAGAGGAGAAGUACACAGUCAUCUACCCGUACACGGCUCGUGACCAGGAUGAAAUGAACCUGGAGAGAGGGGCCAUGGUGGAGGUCAUCCAGAAAAACCUAGAAGGCUGGUGGAAGAUCAGGUACCAGGGCAAAGAGGGCUGGGCCCCAGCCUCCUACCUAAAGAAGAGCAGUGGGGAGCCCUUACCUCCGAAGCUGGGCCCCGGCUCCCCCGCCCACGCAGGCGUCCUCGACCUGGACGGAGUCUCCCGGCAGCAGAAUGCGGCGGGCAGGGAGAGGGAGCCGCUCCACAACCAGAGGGACGGCCGGUUUGAAGGCCGCCCGGCACCCGAGGGCGACGGCAAGCAGCGAUCACCCAAGAUGAGACAGAGACCCCCUCCUCGCCGGGAUAUGACCAUACCUCGAGGUCUCCACCUGCCCAAGCCUCCCAUCCCACCCCAGGUGGAGGAAGAGUAUUAUACCAUCGCCGACUUCCAGACCACCAUUCCCGACGGCAUCAGCUUCCAGGCGGGCCUGAAGGUCGAGGUGAUUGAGAAAAACUUGAGUGGCUGGUGGUACAUUCAGAUUGAAGAUAAGGAAGGAUGGGCCCCAGCAACCUUCAUUGAUAAGUAUAAGAAGACCAGUAAUGCCUCAAGACCCAACUUUCUGGCUCCCUUGCCCAACGAGGUGACCCAGCUCCGGCUGGGAGAUGCAGCCCCGAUGGAGAACAACACCGGCAGUGAAGCCGUGGGCCCCUCCCGGCCCCUGCCCGAGGCACCCCCCGGUGCUGUGGACUCCGGGAUGGCGUGGUCCAAAGACUGGAAGGGUGGUAAGGAGGCCCUGAGAAAGGCGUCUUCAGACAUGUCCUCGUGCGCAGGCUACGAGGAGAUCUCGGACCCCGACCUGGAGGAGAAGCCCAGCCUCCCUCCCCGGAAAGAAUCCAUCAUGAAGUCGGAAGAGGAGGUGCAGGAGCGGGAGCGGCAGAGGGCGGAGCAGCUCCGUGGCUCCUCACCCAAGCCCCCUGGCGUGAUUCUGCCGAUGAUUCCAGCCAAACUCACCCCCCCAGCCCGGGAGGGCAGGAAGCCGGAGCCCAAACCUGACAAAAGCAAGUUGUUCCAGCUGAAAAAUGAGAUGGGGCUGGAGUGUGGCCACAAAGUAUUGGCCAAGGAGGUGAAGAAGCCCAACCUCCGACCCGUCUCCAAACCCAAAGCCGACCCCCCGGAGGAGAGGCCAGAAGCCGCACCCCAGCAUCCCUUCUUGAAGUCCAAACCUCAGGUGAGGCCCAAGCCGGCUCCCUCCCCCAGGACAGAGCCCCCUCAGGGCGAAGACCCAGUGGACAUCUGCAGCCUCAGGAGCAAGCUCAGGCCCGCCAAGUCCCAGGAGAAACCCUCAGCGGACGGGGAGAGCAGCCACCAGGCUGUCGGGGGGCAAGACGGGGCCUUCAGCCGCGGCUUCCUCCCCGGGGAGGGGCCCGGCCGCGCCCCGGACAGGACGGGCAAACAGGAUGGGCUCAACCCAAAGGAGAUGUCAUGCAGAGCCCCACCGAGGCCGGCCAAGACUGCGGAUCCUGGGCCGAAGAAUGUGCCCGUCCCUCUCCAAGAGGCUCCCCAGCAAAGACCUGUGGUCCCGCCCCGGAGACCACCCCCACCCAAGAAAACCUCCUCAGCGUCCAGGCCCCUCCCAGAGGUCAGAGGGCCGCCGCGUGAGGCCAACGAAGGCAAGGGAGCUCCUGCCCCAGGCCGGGCCCUCCUCGUCCCUCCAAAAGCCAAACCUUUUCUGUCCAACUCCUUAGGGAGCCAGGAGGACAUGCGAGGCAAAGGUGGGCCGGGGCCACGGGUGACGGGCAAGAUCGGAGAAAACAGGGAGAAAAUGGCUGCAGCCCCGGUUCCCAACGCCGAUGGCCUGAAGGACUUGUAUGUGGCUGUGGCCAACUUUGAAGGAGACGAAGAUACCAGCAGCUUCCAGGAGGGGACGGUGUUCGAAGUCCGGGAAAAGAACAGCAGCGGCUGGUGGUUCUGCCAGGUGCUGAGUGGGGCCCCGCCCUGGGAAGGGUGGAUCCCUUCCAACUAUCUCAGAAAGAAGCCGUAGCCGCCUCCCUCCGUGCCUGGACGUCCUAAGCAUCCCCGCUGGCUUUACCCACGUAUUUAAUAUGCCUCUUAAUUUAUCCUCCUCCACCAGCCCCAAAGGAAGGCAGAGUCUGGAGUACCUGAUUUCUUCCCACUGUGGGUGGAGAGUGAUCCCUCCCAUCACAGCAUCCUCUGGAGGCUCAGAGACACACCCUUGCUUUCUCUCCACUCAGCAUCUCUGCCUUAAGGCCAGUGGCAUUGCCCACCCAGCAGAGGGACCAGAGCCCACCAUCUGCAGAAAAUGUUUCUCGUGGCUUGGACCAGGCGUUGUAAGGAGCAGCCUUUCUGGCCCCUACCCAGUCCGUGACAGCUUGCUCUGAUUUCUCCAAGUCUCUCAAAGCCCACUGACUUUAUUCACUCAGUUUCCAAGAUGCCUGGUACCAGAAAGAACUUCAUCCCUUAGAAGUGGGCUCCAUUGCCAAUCCCAGGGAGGUGUCCUCUUCCCUGAGGCCACAGGACCAAGGCCUCUCAGGUUCAACCAGAUGCAGCUGCCCCAGAAGUGGGCCUGGGGGUCCGAUCGGCCCUCCUGCCUUCCAUCUUCUGUCUUGGGACCCUGAUAGUCCUGAAGGGUAGUUCCAGCUCCGAGCGUGCUUCAUCCUCCUGCUGCACGCUCAUCCAUCCUAGGGCUUUCGAAUAAGAAUCCCCACUCGCCUUGGGGCGUUCCACUUUUGUCUACUUAGAGCAAGAAUCUCAAAGUUUGUUUGAAUAAGGGGGCCGUUCCCUUUGCUGAAUAGCAGUAGGUGCCAGACUCUGAACUUGACACUUUACCUUCAUGUUUCAACCCUCACAAACACCUUCUCUCACAACAUUAUACCCAUUUUAUAGAUGAGGAAACUCGGGCUCAGUGUGCCCAAGGCAUUCUAGCUAGGAAGGGGAGAAAAGAGGAUUUGAAUUCAGGCCUGCCUGACUUCUGUGCCUGUGCCCUUCCCCCCAUAAGAGGCAAACCAGACAGGCGACAGGGAGAAGCUGGCCGGGUGCCAGGAGCCAAGUCGCUUCCUUUUGUGGGUGAGGGGACAUUUGGGGCUGCUCUCACACCCACCACCCCUCCAGCCCACUGCAGCAUACCCUGAAGGCGGCCCUGGUCCCUCGGCAGCUGCUCCGUGCAUGGGGAUGCUCAGAGCCCUGGUGGCUGCCACAGAGCCCUGUUUCCUGCGCCUGUGCUGGUGCCCCUUCAGCGGGAUAGAGCUCAUGAGCAAGGGAGCUGAAGCAGUCUCACAUGCCAGCCUUGAGGGGCCUGGUGGCUCAGGGACCUCCACCAAACUGAGCCUAGCAAGCAGUACCCCAAAAAGGGACAGGGACCCAAGGGCCAGGCAGACGCCUCCUUUCCCUCUGUGCUCGAGCUUCCCGCUCCUCUCUGGCAUGGGGAGAGGGGUUUUCUCUUUUUCUCCUGUACUUUCCCUCUCUCUUAUCUCACUGGGAGGAACCCAGGGCAGCCAUUUGACCCAUUUUGACAGAUGUGGUUCACUGAGGCACGCAGAGGCACAGCUGCACUGCAGAACUAGAAUCUGGACCCGGGGCUUCUGGCUCCUGCCUGGAGCUCUUGCUGUGGACCAGGCGACCUGGGGGGUGAAAGGGCAGAACCCCUCCCCACCCUCCCCCACCCUGCAGGAGAAGAGGAAGUGGCCCUGUCCUGCCCCAGAGAUGUCCAGUUGAGAGUGUUCAUCCACUGCGGUGCUUUUGGAACCACAAGGCCAGCUCUCCUGGGGACACUUGCUGUCCACCUGCAGUGCCAAAGAUUUAUGUGCGAACAGCCCCCUUCCUGCCCCCACCCCGCCAUGGGCUCUGGAUGCUUCAGCAGGAGAAAGAGCUUCCUCUGACCCACAGGAGUAUCUUUAUGUUCUUCCAUCAGUCUGUAAAUCGCAUCUCCCCGGGGAUCUGGGGCAGAGUCCCGAGGUGCUCCUCGCAGCGCCUGCAGGCCCCUUGCCUGACGCCCAGAAGCCUUAGGGGGAGAAGGGAGGCUGGGAAAGGGCCACCCACCUCUUCAAGGUCCCCUCGCUUGAGAGGAGACCUCAUAGCACGUUUUCCUGAGUUUUUGAUCCACUUUGGCUUAAACAGCUUUUGUGAAGCUGUUGUGCGGGAUUUGACUACAUUUCAAAAGACAAACUAAAUUUUUUUCUUCUGAUUCGCUUUCUGCUUUCAUUGCCCUUUCCAAGUGUUCCGUGAGCGCCUGCUGCGUGCUGGGCGCUGGGUGGACCAAGCUGCGUGCAGCUCCGCGCCUGGCUGUGCGAGCUGUGUUUUGUGUUUGCUGACUCCACUGAAGCGGUUGUCUUUGGCCUCGUUCCCUCCUCCCGUUUGUCAGCUGGGUGGGAAUGAACUGGCUCCACCUUUCUCUGGACAGAAAGUUCUCCUGCAAGGAAUUUCAGUUUUUAUUAUUAUUGUUGUUGUUGUUGUUAUUCUGAUGUGAACUGCAGGUACUGAAGCCUCAUUCCUCUCUGUUCACCUUCCUCGGGACACGUCUAUGGCCUGAGGACUCCUCUCUCCAGCUCCUUUUUGCCACAGUGGUAGGCACUUCCCCAGGCAACUGGAAGUGGGGCGUCUUGAUGGCCGGUGGCACUUGCUAGCUGUCCUUGCCUGGGGAGUUAGGUUUAUGCCAUCCAAGACCAUGGCCACUAUUCUGUGAGCAAUUGAUGGAGCAUAGGCAAAACUCCCCUGGAGUUACAGCUGUGGAAAUGUCCAGGGCUAUAGUUACAACUCCCAUGCCAAGCUCCGGGCAGGUCACCGGUGCUUAAACAUGCUCCCUCCUUUAACUUAAUCCUCACGACAACCCCGUGAGGUGUGUAGGAUCAGCCCGACCUGUGGUGAGAAAGUUUAGGUUCCGAGGGUCUAGUCCCAUGCCCAGCUUCAUCUACAUGCUGACCAACCUGGCCGUUUUCUCCCCGAUGCCCAUGACUUCUCCGCUGCCGUCAGCAGUGAACUGUGCAUGGUGCUUGCUUCCAGGGAAGCAGGUGACCCUCCCUCUUAAUUUAGGUUUCUCCUCCCUGCACCCCAUCAUCACACGUGUCAGUAGGCCAAAUCACAGGCCAAAUGCCCACCCAAAAGGCGGGCGAAGGUGGAUUUUUCCCUUAACUCACCCCUGCUUACUUUCUUGUGGUGACUAUUUUGUCUUGCAUUCUAGGGCAAAACUACAGCUCGUGGUGCCAUCAAAUCUUUGGAAAAUCUGAGUUUUAGGACGCCCACUUGAUAAAACAGGCCUUUGUUCAGAUUUUUCGCUCCAAAUCUCUUUCCCAUUGUGUGGGUUUAUGUCAUCAUCCCGGGCUGAGACGUGGGGAGAGCUGGGCUCUGCUCGAAGCACUUUCAAUGCCCUGCCCUACUGAGGAAUUGUUAGAGCCCGUAUCUGGCUCCCAGUGGUCAUUUGAAGCCUCCACCACAAGGCCUCUCCAGGUAAUCGAUUUCUUAGGCAAAGUUCUUGGCCUUAGAACGUUUCGGAGCCCACUGGGGAUCUUAUUACCAGGUGGAAUGUAGGAAAACAAGCUUGACACAUUAAAGGGCAGGUGCCAAGUCUCCCAAGGUUUGGAAGGACCUUAGGCGAAGGGAUGGACAAUCUAGUAUUUAUUCAGCCUGUAUCAAGUACGCAGCACUGAGUGGGAUAAAAGAAAUUGCUCCGCCCUCAAAUAGCUGGCAGCUCAACAUCAUCAAGAACAAGAACAUUUGAGGCUUGGCUCCCGUCCUUCCAUUGUGCCCGAGUCUCGAAGUGUUGGGUCAGACUGCUCCCUGGGAGGUCUUGCCCAGGUCUUGGGACUGCGACGGUGGGCACUUAGCCUCAGCCAUGCGUGGCAGUCCUGUUCCCCUCUUGGUUGUUCAGGCCCAUCCUUCAGGGCUUUUGCUGAAACAGCCAUACCAUACCAUAGACCAAAGAUUACCUAAUGUCAAACUGUGUGGCCUGGAUGAGUGGGAAAUUGACUCACACUGAGGCCUGAGGGUGCAGGGUGCCCUCCCUCAGCCCGAGGAAUUGCUCCUAACUUGGCUAAGGUCCUGACAUCUCGAGGGACCGCAGCCCGUGACGGUUGCAGGCAGAGUUGAAGCCGUGGACCCCCUGCUGAGGACCCUUCCCACGGACUUGACUGUCCGGCUUGGCAGGGGGUGUCUGGUUUUUGGUGCUCCCCUGCCGAGUUACUGAGUCCCUCAUCGUGCUUCAACAUUCCAUCUUUCCCUUUCUGUCCAGUAGGCCUUUUAGCUCCAGUCAGGGAUAAGGGGCUCGCCCUCUUUGGUUCUUGAAGAGGCCAAACCCAGUGCCACAGCCAGUAGCCUUCACUUUUGGGGCUUCUGUAAACAUCCAAAGGAGGAGCCCCUGCCAGGCUCGUUACAGCAAUAAGCAAUUCUAACACGACAAAGGUGUCCGUGUUUCACCCCAGUGCACACCUGUCCAUGCCUUCAUGCCCAUGUAAUUCUUAGUAACACCCCUUCCGCUCUUACGAGGGUGAUGAUAAACUAUGGUUACCUUAGCUACAUCUCACGUUUCCUGCUUCAGGGAGCCACUAGCCAUUUCUUGCAUCCCUCUAGGACCAGUGAGCUCUCACAGCACGGCCCCACCACUGUGUGUCUGCUCGUAGGAUAACGCUGGAGCUCGCUGGAUAUCUCAGCAAAUUCCUCAAACCCUCGGCAAACUGACAGAUUCCGGUGGUGUUUUUCGUUUCAACACAAAAAAAUACGUGAGAAUAUAUAAUAUGAGGGGGGAGGGGUGGUGAACAAUUAGCUGUAGCAUGUAUGGACUAUACACUUUACCAUUAGACUUUUUCUUUUCUUUUUUUUUUUAAUAAAGUGCUUGACUGGUUUCAAGCUUCAUUGGGAA